AUGAAGGCUCUCCAAGCAAAUGGUACAUGGGAUAUGGUGAAUAUUCCUGAUCAGAAGAGGACUGUAAUCUUAUCCCUUGCCACAAACUUGGAUAGCCCAUUAUGCCAGUUCAACGUAAAGAACGCCUUCUUACGUGGAAACCUACAAGGUCCUCCUUUAGGGUUUGCACCAAAGAAGGGAAAAAGGACUUCAUGGUCUAAAAUAGUCACUAAGAGCUCAGUUUGGCUGAUUAAGUCGAUCUAUGAAGGAUUAUGGGAAACAAAACACGUGAGAUUGAAGUACCCCAUGUUAGCUAAAGAGUUCGAGAUGAAGGAUUUAGGAACUCGCAAGUAUUUCUUAGGAAUAGAAGUAUCUCGUUCUAAGCAAGGGAUAUUUUUAUCUCAACGCAAAUACAUCCUAGAUCUCAUGGCCAAGAGUGGCAAGUCAACGUGUGAACCUGUUGACACCCCAAUAAUGGUGAACCACAAUUUGAUAAUUGAUCCAGGGCAAUUCAUGCCUAAUCCAGGUAUUCAGCAUCUGGAGGUUGUAGACCAUAUAAUUCAGUAUUUGAAGUCAUCUCUUGGUAAAGGAAUCUUGUUCUCUAAGAAUGGAAAGUUGGAUAUAGAGGGUUACACAAACUCUGAUUAUGCAGGAUCUAACGCGGAAGCUGAAUAUCGAGCUCUUCAUCAUGCUAUGACACAGUUGAUUUGGUUGAAGAUCCUAAUGAAGGAACUUGGAUUUGGCCCUAUGAAACCAAUGGUGUUGUAUUGUGAUAAUACAGCAGCCAUUAAAAUUGCUAAUAUUCCUAUCCAACAUGACACACCAAACAUAUUAAGAUUGACAGACAUUUCAAAUAUUGUGAACAGCAUAAUUAUUGUGCCUCACAUCAAGAUAGCAAACCAGCUAGCUGACAUGAUGACACUUGCAGUUUCUAGCAAAGACUUCCAUACAUCACUAUCCAAGUUGGGUGUGUGUCAUAUCUAUGCACCAACUUGA